UCCGUUUACGUUGGUUAAAGCGCACAUUUUCGCAGGUGGAACGGGGAAAAUGUGAAGUCAUGGAAAUCAUGAAACUAGAAUAAUUUUAAAAAGAGGCUUGUUAACUGAUACAAUGGCUACAAUGGACAAACUAAUGAAAGCCUUAGAAGCCCUCAAAGUAAUACAACCUUCUAGUAAUGCGGAAGACACAGUUGGACAAAAAAAAAAAGAAAUGUCAACCAGUGUCAAAGAUAAAAUUCUUCACUGUAGCACAAUAGCUGAUGCAAUAUGUUCCCCUUCUCUCAGAACAUCAGCAGAUUUUCCUAAAGUGCUUGGUCUUGCAAUGGAUACAUUUUUGCUUUGUUGUGAUGAUGAAAACUCCGAUGUUAGGUUAAUGGCUGAUGAAUGCCUCAACAGAACCAUAAAAACUCUGUUAGAUUCUCAUCUAGGAAGACUUUUAGUUGAACUUUUCAAGGAAAUAAAGAAAAAUGGUUCUGCACGUAGUCUGCGAGCGGCCCUUAGUAGGUUUGGUGAUAUAUGUCAUUUAAUGAGACCUCAAAAAUGCAGGCCUUACACAGUUAAUUUGGUGCCUGCCAUAUCAAAAAUUUGCCAGCGUAAUAGUGAAGAAUCAGUCCAAGAAACACUUGCUGUAGUUAUUUCCAAACUCAUGCCCGUUUUAGGUCAAUUUGCUAAUGAUAAAGAAGUAAAAAUUCUUUUAAAAGCUUUUCUUCCAAACCUUAUUGUAAGUUCAGCCAUUGUGAGGCGUGCAGCUGCAUCUUCUUUGACAUCAAUAUGUUUACAUUCAAGAAGACCAUCAUCCUUCUUUUCAUGGAUUUUAUUGGCUUUAUUUGAUUUAAUUUUGCCUGUUCAUGAAGACCAUUCAAUUUAUGUUAUUCUUGGUGUACUGUUAUGUUUGAGACAUAUUGUACCUCAUCUUAGUGAAGCUAUGCUGACCCCAAAUUCAAAAGGCAAUAGUGUAAUCCAAAAUGAAGAAGAAAUGGUUGUGACCAAGGAACAGUUGUUAAAGGUUUAUGAAUUAGUUUUACAUUUCACUAUUCAUCCUGAUCAUAAUGUUAUUACAGCAACAUUGGAAACUUUGUAUCACUUGUUAAAAUGUGCACCAAAGGUUUUGCAACAGGAACUUAUGUCUCCCUUUGGCAUUACAAAAUCAUUAAUCUUUGAUGUGCCAAAGUUAAAUCGAGCUAUGAGUGAAAGCCAAUGCAGUAUGGUUCCUUCUGUAGCCUCCAUAGACGAAUCCGCUUUAGAAGACGAUCAAGAUAUAUUUGUUCCUGACAGACGAAUAAAUGACCAUGUAUCUUACUGUGAUGAUGAGGUGAGGAGUAAUUUAGAUCCAAGUGGAGAUGGAUCUGUAAGUUUAGAUGGCGAUUCUGAAGACGUGUCCGAUUCUUCUAGCUCAAAACUUAAACCAUUUAAUGAUGACAUGAGUUACUUUCUGACUGAUGGUUCGAGUUCUUCAGCUUCUGUCAAAAAAAUGUUUUUGAAAAAAGGUGCAAGUGAUGAAAACAUGCUAGACACUGAUGAUGAAUUUGGAGGACACAGUGCUUCUUCUUCACCUGGACCAUUAAGCAAAUGCGAAUUUAAGGUUGGAAACAUAGGAACAUUUACAGAUCAGGACAUACCAUUAAAAUAUUGCACUAGGUUAUUAUGUUCCUCAUUUCUGCUUUCUGGAACACCUGGAAACCUUAUACCUGAUCGUAAUGUACGCAUAAGUGUGAAAUCUCUUGCUCUUGGCUGUUUAAGUAGCGUCUUCUCCUUAUAUCCUAGUGGAUUCUUUUUACCUCUUCAUCUAGGUGAUAAUAGCAUUGACAGUGAUAUUACAGAUGAACAGCAAGUAUGGGAUGUUAUUCUAUAUUCUUCCCACUUGGACCCACAUAUAAGAGGGCAAACUUGUGUUAUGAUUGGCAGCUUUGUUGGUCAUGCUCUUAGAGAAGCUGGUGGUUGGUGGUCAAAAUGGGUUGAUAAUCAUGGCCAAUCAGGUGCCCCUUUAUUAUCAUGCCUUUUAUCAAAAAUACUGAUGAUUGUUCAAGAUGAAUCUUCUGUUGCAUCUAAAUUAGGAUUAGUAGGACUAAAGCAGUGUUUGAAUCCUCUUUUAAAUUCCUUAGAUGCUCUUGAAAGUUUCCCUAUACUUGAAACUUUAUUGAAGGUUCGAGGCAAUUCUUACUGGUUAACAAAAGUAGAGCUUACUGAACUAGUUUCAUCCAUCCCAUAUAAAAUUGUUCAUUAUCUAGAAAGUAGACGUGUCUCUGGUGAUUCAUUAUCCAUCAACACAUGUUAUCAAGAUAAAGUAUUAAAUGACAUUCUGAUACCUUUGCUUGGAGAUGAAGAUGUUCGUGUUCGCCAGGCUUCAGCUGUUGCAUUUUCUAAAUUAAUAUCAAAUCUUUUCUAUCCCAUUGAUCACCUUAAUAAAGACCCUGUAAUUGCAAUUGCCAAACAAGCUAUUGAUACAUAUUUAGACGUCUCUUAUAAAGGUUCUCUGCAAUCUUCACUGCCACUUGUACAUGCUUUGGUGAAACCUUUUGCUGUUCAUGAUUCUGUAUUUUAUAAUCCUGUUAUUGAUGCUGCUUUGUCGAAAAUUAUCAACCUUCUUGUAAAUACAUUGAGGAUGUGUACUAAUAGAUAUUUAAUUUAUGGCUGCUGUCAUGCUCUUUGUUUAUUGUCUGAAAAGUUCUUAGUAACUGUCUUUCCUGAGACGUGGACUGCAGUUAUUUCAAAUUUUAAGGUGGAAAAUUUCUUAAAUGAAUUAUUAGAACCAUCAGCUAGUAAUCUGCAAGAUGGAAAUUUUGGCAGCACAGCAAAGCUGAAUACUGAUUUAAUAUGCAGUUUGAUUUCGUUUGUAUCAAAUACUUCCUUGUGCCUUGACCUAAUUGCUCAUCAAUAUGUUUUGCAACUUACUGGAAAUCUACUGUGUGGUAUUUGGUACAAAUAUUUUGUGGAGAAUCACAAAAAUAGUAAUGGUAAUCAACAAGAUGUUAAACCUGAUGCUUACAUAUCCUUCAUAAUCGGAAAAGUAUUUCAUCAUCUCAUGAAGGUUCUGAAUAUAUUUACCCAUGUCCUAGAAGAGCAGUAUCCUUUUCCAGCGAGUAGUCGCUCGGCCUUGCCUUCUUUACCGAAUGCACCAUCCUUAAGUCCAAUUAAAAGAAAAAGUAAAUUAAAAGAUGAAUCGCCAACUAAUAGUAAUGCAAUUAAAGGAUCUCCUAGUAAAACAGCAGAAAAGAGUGAUAUGGAAAAGGACAGAAUUGGUAGCAAAAUAACUGGAAAUAUUGGUCAGUUUCAUAAUUCUUCUUUAUAUAUGAAACUGUUUGAAAUACUUAAAGGUGCUCACAACAGUUACAAGAUUUCUAUGGAUUUUCAGAGCAGUGAAAAAUUUUGCCAGCUUUUGAAAUGUGUCUUAGAUGUAAUGUGCCAAAUUCUUGAAAUUUCGGAUUCUUGUGAAAUGAGUAAAAAUGCAGAAGAAAUGCUUUGCUAUAUGAAAUCCGUUAUGGUUAUGGAAUCAAGUUCGGCCGUUAGAUGUGUGAGACAGUUAUUAAAAUGCUUAUUCGGAACUAAUCUAGUAGUACUGUGCCAGGAAGCUCAGCUGGUUUUAGGUCUGAAUAAAAAAUGUACCAGUUCCAAUAGACUUUCCUCAUCAAUACCUGGAUUAUAUUAUACCGUAGUUUCAUAUCCUUACACAGAUUUUACUCAUUCUUUAGCUGAAAAGGCCAUGAAAAGUGUAUCACCUGAUAUGAAUGACGAUCUUGUCAGUUUUAGAUGUUUAAAUUGGGUGAAGCGUGGAAAUGAUAAAUUAACUAGUGUUUUGAAAUCUGGUACAAAAGGAGAAAAGGCUAACCUAGCUUCUCAUAUAAGAUUGUUUGAAGGUGUAGUUAUUAGAGCACUUCAACAAUAUACCAUAUCAAGUGAUAUAAAUCUUCAGUGUCAAGUUCUAGAUUUGCUUGCUCAACUUGUUCAAUUGCGAGUCAAUUAUUGUCUUCUGGAUGCAGAUCAAAUAUUUAUUAGUCAUGUUAUUAAACAAUUUGAAUUCAUUGAAGAGGGCCAAAUUCUGAAAGCUGAUAUGUUGAUUCCUCGCAUUUUCUAUUUUCUCAUUUUACUGUCUUAUGAAAGAUACCAUUCUAAGCCAAUUAUUUCUGUUCCAAAAAUAUUACAACUUUGUGAUGGUUUGAUUGCUAGUGGCCAGUCCCCAGAAAAAUACAUUAUUCCUGCUCUACAGCCUGUAAUUGAAGAUCUAUUCCUUUUAAGAAGUAUGAACAAAAUGGAUGUUGGUAAAGAAUUAGAUGCUCAAAGAGAAGUGGUUAUUUCAACUCUUUUUAAAUUGGUUUAUUAUCCUCAGGUUUUAGAUCUCUUUUAUCUUAUAAUCAAACACAGUCAUCAAGAAGGAGAGGAUAAAUGGAGGAAAACAUCACGACAAGUAGUAGAUGUUAUAUUGCCUUUAUUAUCUAGACAACAAAUUCAAAUCGAAAAUCAAGAAGAAUUGAAUAUUUUACAUAAAUUAUUAGAAGCUGUAGCAUCCAACGUGUUUAGACCAGUAGAUAUACUUUUAAAGGCCUUAUUUUCUCAACCCAAAGAUUUAACUGUACCACCAAAUAUUAACCGUUGGAUGUGUAUGGUUUUGACUGUUCUACGUGUUUUAAUUAGCCAAGCAAAUGAAGAAGCUGUUUUAUCUCGCUUAGCUGAUAUGGGUAUUACUAUCAAAAUUUAUAAACUUGGCCUUUCUCCUAGCCUUAGAUGUGAAAAAGAGAAAGCAGAUUUUAGCAUUUCAAAUGCCUGUCCAGAGUUUUUGCCUGGAGCGACUUUUGCAAGGUUUCUUUUCCAAGUGCUUGGUGUUGUUGUGGAAUCGUUAUAUAACCAUGCAUAUAUGCACACUCUACAAUUUUCUGAUAAUGUAUUCUUGUGCCAGCAAGCUUCCCAUCUGCUUCUGUAUUUCACUUACAUGUUCCAAUCAGGCACCUUCAGGAGAUUAACUACUUCAGCAAUGACAAUUAUAAAAGAAGAAUUAAGUGAACAAGAAGUGUCAUCUGAUUAUCCAGUGUAUUAUACUAUAAAUGAAAUCGAAAAUUUAUUUCACAAAAUUGCUCCAUUUUAUCCUACAUUAGUUGUCCAAUGGUGCAAUAUAUUAACAUUAUUGAAUUAUGACAAUAGGAAAUUUUGGUCUAAAAUUGUGCAGCCAUACCAGGAAGCUGAAGAUGUUGAACCAACCACAAUUUCCAUGCAAGUAACUGAGAAGAACAACAUCUUUCUUCCUUGUAAUUUGGAAAUGGUUCACAGAGGUGGAAUCAUUCUUCUUUGUGAUUAUGUGUGUGAAAAUCCAACAGAUGUUGUGCAAAUGACUUGGCUUAUAGUUAAUCAUGUUAAUGAUAUUAUUGAUUUGUCAUUAGAAACUACUGUUCAAGAUUUUAUCAGUGCAAUUCAUAGAAAUCCUGCAGCAAGUGGACUUUGGAUUCAAGCGAUUAUAAAUGCACAUCACAAAGCUGUAAGAAAGCCAAAAUUCUGGAAACAAGCAUUGCGUUGUUUGGAAAAUAUACAUCUCUCACAAUCUGGAAAGUUGUUGAACCUUUUGGCAGAUCAUUUUUUUACUACUCACCAUCUUAUUAUAUCAAGCAUGUGUGACAGAUUGGCUUGCAAAAGAAUGGAAAUUCUUCUCUCGGAACCAAGUGCUUGCCAGCUGUCUAUUCAAGAUAUUGAAAAAUUUUUGAACAAUUUUAAAUUAAAUGGAAUUACUCGAAGACAUCCAAAUUUUAUUGCACUUUGUGAAAAAAUGAAGGUUUUAUUAUCUGAAGAAGAAUCUCCAACAUCAGCUCAUCCAUUGAUAGAGCCAGUGAUUCAAAUUCAGCACAUUGAACUCAAUAAAGAUUGGUAUUUGAAAUUCAUCAAGGAACGGUGUUUCAGUAGCCUAUCUCCAGCAAAAGAAUGUGCACACUUAUUGAGUCAUUUAAAAUAUGAGGAUAUACUAACAGUCAUGAUUUCAAAAGAUUUUCAGCUUCCUAUUCUCGAGCAAUGCCUCAUUCUAGGAGCAAGGCUUGUAUCCUGCACUGAAAAAUAUUUAUCAUCUAAAUCAAAUGAUCCAUUUUUGGGAAUUACUGAAAGUCCUGGAAGUGCUCUCUAUCGUUCUGCUCAGAGUACAUUGUUACAACAUUUAGCAGAUUUUAUGACUCUUUUACCUAGAACUUCUAAACAUCAAUCACGUAUGCAUAAGUUAUUUUCAGAAAAAUCAUUUUGGGAAAUAUUGUUUUUCAUUGUUCCUUGCACAUGUAGCUUUUUAGUGACUCAAGAGUCUCUUCCGGAUAGAAAUAUUCCUAAUGAUUCUUCAGAUGACAUUGUGCAUUUAAGUGCAAUUUGCUGCGAGGCUGUUGUUUGGCUCAUUGAAACUACCAAAACUGUGUCAUCAGAAAUGUUAAGGAGUACUUUGUUUCUCCUUGAUAAAACUUUAAAGAAUACUGAGUUAUCAGUUAUAAUCGGUUCACAAUCACAUUUAACAAAGAUCUUUUCAAUCAUUUCAUCAGUUCAUUACUUAAUGAAAUGCUUGCAACAGAAUAAACACUCACUCUCUCAACCUACUCCACCAGAAAAUCCAUCCCUUACCACAGAACAGUUUCAAGCCCGAAAAGCCUGCAUAUACAUGAUUGAAAUGAUAGGUUGGCUUGAACAAAUUACAGAUUAUCAAACAGAUAUACCUGAGCACUUGUUUAAUCCUUUGAAAAGUGUAAUAAGAGGUUUAGCAAGAUUGCCUUUGGUAAAUAGCUUUGCACGGACGCCGCCCAUCUUGUGGAGUAUUGGAUGGAAUCCUGAGUUCUCUGGCAAUCUCAAAACUAAUAUUCCUCCUCCGCCUGGUGAAUAUUUACAGGAUAGAGAUGUACUGAAGCAGUUUAUUUACAGAAUUAAUCUUCUUGGUUGGAUAUCACGCCAACAGUUUGAAGAAACUUGGAUGGCAUUGCUUGGAGUUUUAAGCGCAACUCCAGUAGAUGAUAUAGAUGGGAAAGAGGAGGAUCAAGAACGUAUCAGAACUAGUUGCCUUGCCGUGAAAAGUAUUACAUCACUUUUACUGCAAACUUUGCUUCUACCUCAACCUGGAAAUCCUCAAAACAGUUACUUUUUGAUACAACCUCGUGAUAAGCCUUUGGCCUUUCAGCAUACAAAGUGCGGUAAAAAACUUAUGUGUGUUAGACUUCCAAUUCACACAGCAUUACAGAAACUUUUACAUUUCGAAAGAUUAGAAGAACAAAUACUGAAUGUGAAUACUGAAAGGACGGCCACAUCAGGUUCUUAUUCUUUUAGCCAGGUUUCAUUGGAAUAUCUGAAUGCUGCAGCAGGUUUAAUUGAAGACAGUGAAGACCUUGAUGGGUCGGCAUCUUCCAACUCUAGUCCAUUGUCUGCUAGUGUUGGAGGAAUUGCCAGUUUUCAAUUGAGAGAGCAGUGUCUCACCGCUAUGGGUUUGGAUAUACAUUCCUGUCUCCAUUUUCUCCUUGAUCUUUAUAGCCAGUGGCUUUCUCCUCAAACAUGUCCAUACACGCCAUUGACAUUGCUGACAGAAGUAACUAAAUCGGUUGUUGCUUUAUCUGAUAUAUUUAUGGAAAAGACACAGUUUGAAUGGAUGCUUGAUACAUUUUUAGAGGUGCACAGAAUUCAUCCUGCCGAAGAUGAAGUGAUUGCUCAAUAUCUUAUCUUUGGUAUUUGCAAAGCUGCUGCUGUUUUAGGAAUUGAGCAAGACAUUUUAGAUAAAUUAAAGAAACUUUUAGAACUCAGCUUAAGAAGUACCUAUCUCCCUACUAAAAUUUCUACUCUUCACGGACUUCUUUAUCUACUUGAACAAGGUGGAGGAGAUGAAUCAUUUCCGUUGUUACCAACUGCAACAGAGUAUAUUUUGAAGCAUCUUGAUACAACAGAUUCCUUAAAACCUUGCAAUGAUAACGAAGAUCAUGUUCUUAUUCUGUGGGCUGUAACAUUCUACAUAAUGGAAAAUUUUCAAGAAGAAAUUUCAGAAGAAGAAUUUUCUCAAAAAAUUUAUCAGAUUUGUCUUAAUGUUUGUGGAAACAGUGAAGAAUGUGUAUCUGGUGCAGUAUAUUUAACUGUUCUCCAUGGCUUAGAACGUCUUCUUGUUGCUGAAAUUUUAACUGGGAAAGAAGCAAAUGUUUUGUUGAAAUUAACUGUUGAAAGAAUCCGCACUGGAACUCCUGUUUUUUCAAUGGCUGCAUUAGGAUUUUUUUUAUCUUGCAUGUAUAUAGGGAAAAGCACUAAUAUGUGGUCUAAUGAACUGGUACCUGAUGUUUCCAAAACAUCUGAUAGAAGUCAUACUAGUGGAAAGCAGAUGGAUUCAGAAUUUUUAUUAGUAGCUAUGGAACGAGUGACUACUUUAUUUGAUCGGAUUAAGAAAGCUUAUCCGUUUGAAGCUGAAAUUGUUUGCGAAAUUCUUCCAGGUUUCUUAAUGGAAUUUUUUCCUGUUCAAGAAAUUUUAAAUAAAAUCAUAACCGAAUUUUUGUCUAGUCAACAACCACAUCCACAACUUAUGGCUAAAGUAAUUUUCGAGGUUUUCCAAUACCUACAUAAGCAGUCUCAAGAAGAAGUGAUACAUGAAUGGGUUUUAUUAUCUUUGUCCAACUUCAUGCAAAGAUCUCCUCUUUCUAUGGCUAUCUGGAGUCUUAGUUGCUUUUUUGUUAGCGCAACAAGAAAUUACUGGCUUCAGGCUCUAUUUCCUCAUAUUCAAAACAGAAUGGGAAUAAUGGAGGAGCAAGACCGAGUGUUGUUUUGCAUUGCCGGUGUAAAUUUUAGAGAUCAGCUACAAAAUGAAGGGCAAAAACAAGCCUACUUCAAUACAAUUCAGAGUGUUGCUUUACCACACACACCGUAUGCUGAUCUUCUGAGUUGUUUGUAGCUUGUCUUGUUUUGUGUUUUUCAUAUUUUGAAAUGGAACUUAUAGAAAAAAAGUUACACAUUAAAAUAUUGAAGGUAAAAUACUUUUCAAUCAUCUUGAAUUGCACAGAUAUGUUCAUUCCUAUUUUUGUAUAUUUUAAUACCUUAUGUUACCAUUUUGUUAUUUACUUGUGUUUCGUGAAAUAUUUUUCUUAAUAGUAUUUCAAAGUUUUUCCUUUAAAAAAGUUUUUGAGAAAUAUCGCUCAUUAUUUUUAUCAAUAGCGCUGUUUUUAUGACCAUUUUUUUAUUGUGAAGCAAUUCAAUUCAAGUAGUUAGGUUGACUAAAUAUGUAACAGGUUUAUUGCACAUUACAUGAUACAAAGAAAUUCCAUUGAAAAAAACGUGAAGGUACUUUAGAUAUACUAAUUAAAAUGAAUCUGUGUGAUCCCAUUAGGUGGUUAAUUGUGACGAAUGUGUAUAUUUUGUUGUUAAUUAUUUAUUAAUUACUUGUUUUGUUAAAACUAGUCGGAAUAUUUUAUUAAUUUCUGAUUUGUAUGUAUUUUUAAUUUUCAGUAUGGGCAGCAAAUGUUUAUACAUUUAAAAAUUAUAUUAAAUCUGCCCUUAUAAUAUAGAAUAAAAUUAAUUGGUGGUGGAUUUUUGUUCAUUGAUGCUUGCAGGUAAACUUAUAUUAAGACUAAACAUUUCAAAUACUAUAUGAAAAUAACUUCAGCUACUUAUAAAAUUUCAGAGAUGAAGGAAAUAUAUGAUGAAUAAUAUAUUAUACUAGUGUUUAUAACAUUGAAUGCAUUUAUAUCCAGUGAUUGAUAUUUGCGAAAAUGUGAUAGCAUGUUACUCUUUGAAUUAUCAAACCAAAAAUCCCAUGCUUAAAUGUUGAUGAUAUCUUAGACUGUAACGAUAUAUUUAAAGCAACGAAUUCAUUUAUUUAUGUAACAAAAGAAAAUGAUGUAAAAACUUUGUACAUAAUAGAAAGUAUAAGAUGAAUAAAUCAGCAUUGAGUCCUUUAUAACAUAGGAAAUAUUUGAAAUAUGCCUUUUCCAUAUUUCCAUAGUUUUCUCAAUGUUUAUUAAAUUAGACAUGUUUAACCAAAAACAAAUUCAGUCAAUCCUUUAUUUGCCAUAUGACAAAGAUUCAAAAUUCAUUUGCAAAAUUUGAGCAUUUUUAAUAACUUAUUACAAUGUAUGGAUAUCGCCUGUGUUAAAAUUUCAUAAUAUAUAGUAUUCUUUUGUUUUCAUGGAUAUCGAUAAUUUAUUUGGAUACUAUGUUCUCAAUACGCACUAUAUACUGCCAUAAAUCUUCAUACUCACUUAAGUUAAUAGUGUCAAAAGAAUUGUUUUAUCUUCAGAGUGUUGUUAAAUUUAUGUUUAUUUCUUUGAAUUGUAUUUGUUAUAUUUAAAUUUCUUCAUUAUAUUUGAAAAUUGUAUUGGUAUUUUACAAUUAAAUAUCCUUUUCCUAACAGAAAAAAGAAUUAAAUUCAUGCUUUAUAUGACAUUUCAAAAAUCUAUUUAAUGUUUAUUUUUGUCAUAAUGUGAAUUU